CCUAAGCACGCGUCUAGCCAGGAACCGCUCGCCUUCCUUCUUAACCACCCGCGCCGAUGCUACACACUACUCUUCCCAAGCCAGCCAACCUGGAUCCUCUUUGGUAUUAUCUUCGCUCUGAACUUCGUCGACACAUUACUCAUCAUCGUCCUGGAUCUGGACAACCCAGAAGUAGCCGCACUUCCCCUUGGCCCACGGAUCCUAGCAGCUAUCUUCCAGGCCGCCUCUUCACGCCAUACAGGUACCUCCACCUUCAACUUGGCCAACGUAAGCCCAGCCGUACAAUUCAGCCUGUUGGUCAUGAUGUACAUUGCUAUCUUCCCUAUUGCCCUCAGUAUCCGCGCAUCGAAUACGUAUGAGGAAAAGUCGCUAGGAAUUUGGGAAGACGAAGAUUCACUAAAUGAGAAAAAUGGCGCGGCAUACCUAAGGACGCACAUGAAGAAUCAGCUGAGUUUUGAUCUCUGGUAUAUCUUCCUCGGUGCCUUUUGUGUAUGCAUCGCCGAAUCUGAUAAGAUUGCGGAUGUCAAUGAGCCGGCCUUCUCCGUCUUUUCAGUGCUUUUCGAAGUCACUUCUGCUUACGGAAAUGUCGGCCUUAGUCUCGGCUACCCGACCGUUAGCACCUCACUCUGCGGCAUGUUUGGAACUUUCGGCAAGGUUGUCAUCUGCUUCAUGAUGAUUCGGGGACGCCAUCGCGGCCUGCCUUACACGCUCGACCGCGCCAUCAUGCUGCCCGACGAGCGUAUAUCGAGGACAGCGCCGAGAGCGCUCAAUAACAAUCAGUCUGGGCCAUCAACAGGCCCAUCAGAGCUAGAUGAGUAA